AUGGGCGGUACUGUUGCGGAAUCACGUGUCGUCGAGAUGGUCUUGAAUAAUCCUGCCCUCGCGAUCUUGGGAGCAGUCAUUCUUGGACUCGCUGUUUGGGUACGAAGAAGAAAAAAGUCGACGAAGAGAUUACCGCCACAACCACCUGCCACACCCGUCCUCGGACACCUGCCGGAGCUGAUCCGCGAGAACAAGACGAGGACGUGGCAUUUGCGGCUGAAUGAGUGGGCGAGGACGUAUGGGCCGAUAUUCGGGGUCAGAUCCGGGUAUAUUGUUGAUUAUUAUAUCAACUCGGAUGUGAUGGUGAAGGAAAUAUUCGACAAGAAGUCUGCGCAGACGGCGGACCGGCCGACGUGGAUCAUGUCAAGCACCAUUCUGAACAACGACUUUAACGUGCUGUUCUUGAAGGCGAGCGACCCGACGUGGAAGAAUCAACGCAAGGUUAUCAACCAGCUUGUGACGAAUGUCCAAAAGGCUGACGAGAUCAUUCCGUUAUUGGAAUACGAGACUUUGAAGUUCCUUCAUGAGAAUGUUACGGAUCCCAAAGGCGGUCUUGCUGGCGCGAGACUGUAUCAAGCCAUCGGGAGGUACACGUACAGCGCUUUUGCAACGGCUUUUAUGGGCAUGGAUAUUCCCGAUACGGACGAUGCCGUUAUCCCGUUCAUCAUGGAGGCUGAGACGCAAAUCAUCAACACGUUUCCGGGCAUGAACGUCAUCGACCUGAUGCCGUCACUUGGAAAGCUCCCCAUGUUCUUAAAGCCUUGGGAGAGGAGGGGGCGCGCAAGGUAUCGUAGAGAUCUGGCUUGGGCGAUGAAGAGACUCGAGGCUGCUCAAGACCGCCUGGCAAAGGGCGAUCCGUCUUUGGAAAACACGUUUUGGGGCUCUGUCCUGAAGUCGGACGAUCUGAGGGGGAUGUCAUGCAAAGAAGAGGUGGCCAUUCUGGGGUUGUCGCUCAUUGUCGGAGCUGCGGAUACGGUGGAUCGAGUCGUUGGCGAGAGGAUACCCGUCUAUGAUGAUCUCAAGAGCAUCCCCUACCUCCGCAUGAUGAUGAAGGAGCUCUGGAGAUGGCGGCCUCCGGUGGCCCUCGGCCAUCCUCACAUUACCGCGCGAGAUCUCCAGGUUGGGGAGUAUUGCCUGCCGAAAGGCGCGAGGCUUCAUGUCAACGCAUACGCCAUAAGCCACGACCCCGCGAGACACGAGGACCCAGAGCGUUUCUGGCCGGAGAGGUUCAAGGACGACGAGACCACGACGAUGGAGAGCAUGAACCACCAAGACCCGACGAAGAGGGAUCACUUUGCGUUCGGGGCCGGCCGACGCGGUUGUCCGGGAUACCACGUCGCUGAACGGUCUUUUGUGAUCACCAUGAUGCGCAUCCUCUGGGCAUUUGAUAUCGCUCCGGCGCCGGGGACCAAGUCGACGUUGGAGUUUGCUGACUACGCCGGCGAGUUGCCCGGAAAUCCUGCGGAGGAUAUGCCAGUGAAGUUGACGUACAGGAGCGAAAGUCGGAAGAAGAUCGUCAUGGACUUUUUUGAGAGGGAGACUGCGGCUAGGCCGGCUAUGAUGCCGUUGAAUAUGGGCGAGAAGAGCAUACCCAAACCAGAGGAAUAUUUGUAG